AGAAUAUAGACGUAAAAAAUAUAGAUCAUUUUCAUUUUUUCACGAUGAAGGCAUGAUAAAAGCAGUCAUGAUGUAAACAUAAUAUAUUUACAUAAUAUAUUAACAUAAUAUAUUUACAUCAUGGAAGUAGUCUAUACUUCCUGUAUCUAUAAAUCUAUAGCGAGAACCAAUAUAAUUAUGGGAGAGCAGCACAAAAGGGGAAUUUCAGUUUACAGAGGAACAGCUGAUCUAGAAUAGAGAGAUUCUAGCUAUGGAAGCUUUAAAGCCAGUUUAGUCAUUUUUUCAUCAUGUUACAUGUUACAUUACGUUUCUGUACCUACCUACCAGUAUCAAUGUGUAAUCAAUGUUUGUUGAUAUAAACAAGUGUGAGAGUAAUAUGUUAAAAUAUUAAUAAAAAAAGGAAGAAAAAUAAAAUCGAAGUUAAUAAGAAAAACUAAUUUCACACGAAGAUGGCAAAUCCUUCAAUGAACACGGGACAAACGUACUAUUGGAGUCAGGAGCAUAUGAAGUACUAUCCAGUACCUCCAGUACCAAAUUUUCCACCGCCUAAUUACAAUCAACCACCGAAUUACAACUUUUCGUACAAUGUACCUCCUCCUAAUGUAUCGAACGUUAAAUCGACAAACUCGAUGUAUCAGCUUGUACCUCCUACGUAUCAUGAUGGAGCGACCAAUUUUCAGAACAAUGUCCCUUAUCAGAAUCAAACAGAUCCACAGUAUAAUAAUCAAUAUUAUGACAAAACAGAAUCUGCACAACAAUAUGCAAGUGAAAAUUAUGCAAAUUGGGAUAGAAAUUCCAGAGACAUGUAUAAUAAUAGUGCUGACAACGAAUGGCAUUCUAAUAACUCUACCUCAAAUUGGACAACAAAUACAUCAUACCAAAAUACAUCUAGUUCUUGCUAUGAUACGAGUAAGACGUAUAACGAUAACGAGAGACUAUGUUCAACGCAAAAGUAUGAAUCAUCGCAAAGAAUAAAAGAGCCCGAAUGGAAAUACAACAAUAGGGAAACCUUGCCCAAUCGUAGCAAUAGUAGACAAAGAUCUAGAAGUCCAGAAGGUAGGUCGGAGAAAAUAUAUAGAUCACGAUACGACGAUCACAGGGACAGAUAUCGUCAGCACAGCAAGGGAAUGUCUAAUUUACGAGAGUCCACAAAUGAUAGUGUAUAUUUCGAGAGAAGGUCUUCAUAUAAGAGGCACGAAAGUUAUACGUCUCGUUCAGAGGGAUCUUAUACAAGAAAUAGAACUAGAAAGAGAUCAAAAUCACGGGAAUCUCGUUCGAGCCGAGAUAAAACGCCAAUCAAUGCUAAACGGACAAAGGGUCCUACUGAAAGAGAAUUACUUUUAGAAAAAUAUAGACGGAAUUAUUGUGCAACAAGUAAAGACAUUGAGCGAAAAUUGAACGAAUUAUCAGCAAUGGGAUCAGAAGGCAUACUUGAAAGCGAGAAAAAGAUUUGGACUCGCACGGCACCAGCGGAUCUUUACUAUUUUAGAGACGAGAAUAAUCCAAAGAUAAUGAGAAGUACUGUUAAGCUACAGGAAUUAUGUAUGACUUUUAAGAGAUUAUUAAUUGACAGAGCAACCGAAGCAAGAGCAUUGCAGCCACCUUAUGAGCCACCUCCGCGUAAAACUAGAGCACGUCUUUGUCGUCAUAAAUCUGAAGCUUGCAGUAGCUCUUCAUCUGAUAGUGAUAGCUCUAUGGAUGAGGAUGAUAGAACAAUGGAAGAGUUAAUGGCAAAGAAACAGCAUCCACAAAGAUUGCAUCCUGAAAUGUGGUUCAAUGAUCCUGGAGAGAUGAAUGAUGGUCCAUUAUGCAGAUGUAGUGCGAAAUCACGGCGCUCAGGCAUAAGACAUGGGAUUUAUGCCGGAGAAGGUGCAAUAAACAAGUGUCAAUUAAAUACGAAUAAUGCGGACAAAUUGUAUCACUAUAGAAUAACAAUCAGUCCACCGACUAAUUUCCUCACCAAAACACCGACGAUUAUCAAACACGACGAACAUGAAUUUAUAUUCGAAGGAUUUUCUAUGCUCUCUCAUUUUCCGCUGGUUAAAUUACCCACGUGUAAAGUUAUACGAUUUAAUAUUGAAUACACAAUCCUCUACAUAGAAGAGAAAUUGCCAGAAAAUUUCACGAUACAGGAACUUGAUUAUUUUCAGAUUUAUCUAUUCAGAGAAAUUUUGGAGCUCGUAGAUUUCGAUUUGCACGCGGCACAGGAUAAAUCCGGCUGUGGACAGUUCCAUUUUAUGCCAAGAUUUGUACGUGAUUUGGCUGAUAAUGGCCAAGAAAUCUUGUCGAUGAACGAAGUUCUAAAUUAUUUGAUAAAGAGCAGUACUCUUCUAAUAGAUCCAGACGAUCUACCUAGAUUGGUGGCAAUGCAGCAAUAUAAAUGGCAAGAUUUCGCGGACGAGGUAAAGGGAAUGGUUGUGACUUAUCCGGGGAAGAAACCAUGUAGCGUUCGUGUUGAUCAGCUGGAUAGAAAUCAAGUGGACCAGCCACCCGGCAUAAUCGCUUAUCCCGAGAUAGUACAUUUUGGUAUCCGCCCGCCGCAACUUAGCUAUGCUGGAAAUGCAGACUAUCAAAAAGCAUGGAGAGAUUACGUGAAAUUUCGACAUCUACUCGCGAAUAUGUCGAAACCCUCCUUCGAAGAUAAAAGAAAGUUAGAGGCAAAGGAAAACAAACUGCAAGAGUUACGUACUCAGAGCAAGAUGAAGCGCGACGUCACAGUCGAUGUCACCUCCGACGGAUUUUACAGAACCGGCAUUAUGUGUGAUAUUGUGCAGCAUGCGAUGCUGAUACCGGUACUCGUCUGUCAUCUGCGGUUUCACAAGUCCUUGGACAAUCUGGAACGCACGUUGGGUUACGAAUUUAAGAACAGAUAUUUGCUCCAACUGGCCCUUACACAUCCCAGCUACCGCGAGAAUUUUGGCACGAAUCCGGAUCACGCACGAAACUCUCUGACGAACUGCGGCAUCGGAGAGACGCUCUUCAAAGGUGAGGAAGAUCUUGCCAAAGUUUGGGUCAAUUAUCCGCGGCAUCCUCUUCAGGAACAGGAACCGACGGGAGAUAGACAAUGGAUUCCCAGUUUCGAGCUGCUACAGAAACUGACAAAGUUUGAAGAAUCAAUUGGGAUAGAAUUCACUCAUAUCCGUCUCCUUGCUAGAGCGUUCACAGAUCGUAGUAUAGGAUAUACCAAUUUGACAUUAGGAUCUAAUCAACGAUUAGAGUUCCUUGGGGACACUGUGCUGCAACUUAUCGUUUCUGAAUACUUGUACAAAUUCUUUCCGGAACAUCACGAGGGACAUCUAUCAUUAUUGCGGAGCUCACUCGUAAAUAAUAAAACACAAGCGGUCGUUUGUGACGAUCUUGGCAUGACUCAAUAUGCCCUUUACGGGAAUCCGAAAGCCGAAUUAAAAACUAAAGACAGAGCAGAUUUAUUAGAGGCUUUCCUUGGGGCGCUUUAUGUUGAUAAAGGUUUAAAAUAUUGUCACGUCUUUUGUGAUGUAUGCUUCUUCCCACGUUUACAAGAUUUUAUCAUGAAUCAAGACUGGAAUGAUCCAAAGAGCAAGCUGCAACAAUGCUGUUUAACUUUGAGAACUAUGGACGGUGGGGAGCCAGACAUUCCUGUAUACAAAGUCAUCGAAUGUAAAGGACCGACUAAUACAAGAGUUUAUACAGUCGCUGUAUAUUUCCAAGGGAAACGGCUGGCUAAGGCUUCAGGACAUAGUAUUCAAGAAGCGGAAAUGAACUCUGCCAAAGAAGCUCUAGAAAAAUCUCAAGAUUUAUUCCCACAAUUAGAUCAUCAAAAACGUGUGAUAGCGAAAAGUAUGAAAAUGCAGCAAUGGCCAAAUAAACAGAAACCGAGAGGAAAAUCGUUAAGGUCCAGUGAGAGAUCUGACGAUUCUGACUCGGGCCAAAACCGGAGAAGAAGUCAUAGUAGAGAAAGCAAUGUUUCAAAGAAAAGAGAAACCUAAUUGUUCUUUACUUUAUAUAGUUCUUACAAGAAUAAAUCAUGGUUUUUAUUUCCACAGAUAGAAAUGCAAACAAGAUAAUAUACUUUUUUAAUAUUAUAUACAUAUUACAUACUCUUUUCGUGAGAGAAUGAUUACUCCUUAGAAAUCUCUGUAAAAACUACUUAUUGGAUUUUUAAUAAAUAAUAAUAUUGUAUGAUAAGCAAU